AUGAAGAUUGCUCAAAUGGAAGCUCAGUUAUUGGAGACAAUGAGCAAGAUGAAUGAUACCAACAUUGCAUUCGAUAAGGAAGACGAGAUUUACUUACCGUAUUCAGGAGAAGAGAAUAAAGAAGGGCAGCCAAUUGUAAUGUUAAUGGUGGGCUUGCCUGGAAGUGGAAAAUCUUCUUUCUGUGACGAAGUCAUGAAAAUUUCUCCACGCCCAUGGGCUCGCGUUUGCCAGGACAACAUUAACAAUGGUAAACCCGGGACAAAACUCCAGUGCCUAUCGGCCGCAUCCACUGCCCUGAAAGAUGGCAAGAGUGUAUUUAUAGACAGAUGCAAUAUCGACAGAGAGCAGCGAACCGAGUUUUUAAAGCUGGGGGGCCCACAAACGGUUAAACAUGCAGUGGUCCUUGAUCUUCCAGCCAAGCUCUGUACUUCGCGUUCUGUGAAGCGUACUGGACACGAAGGUAACUUGCAAGGCGCGAAAGCAGCUGCAGUUGUGAAUCAGAUGGGGCAGAGAAAGGAACUUCCGAAACUGAAUGAAGGGUUUAGUCGAAUCACAUUUUGUCAGGAUGAUAAAGAAGUGAAAGAAGCUAUCAAUGUGUACGGCUCGUUUGGCCCAUCUGAUUCUCUCCCUUCUGGUUGUUUUGGACAGAAGAAACCCGAAUCCAAGAUUCAGCAAGGGAUAAUGAAGUUUCUAAAGAAAAUCGAACCAUCAGUGGAAAAGGAAAGUGGGCUCCAAACGAAAAUGGAUUGUGAUACUCGUGAGAAACUAGAAAAAGGUGAUGAAUUGGACUUGACGUCUAAUUCAGGUGCAGUUGGGCCCGGCAGUGUCCCUACAUUGGCUUUUCCUUCUAUUUCUACUGCAGACUUUCAGUUCAGUCUCGAGAAAGCUUCUGAUAUUAUUGUGGAAAAAGUUGAGGAAUUUGUAGGGAGGAUUGGGAAUGCCAGGCUUGUGUUGGUAGAUUUGUCUCACGGAUCCAAAAUACUGUCGCUAGUUAAGAGUAAAGCUGCACAGAAGAAUAUUGAUCCCAACAAGUUUUUCACGUUUGUUGGAGAUAUAACUCGGCUCCGAUCUCAGAGAGGUCUUCAGUGCAAUGUAAUUGCUAAUGCAGCCAACUGGCGCCUAAAGCCCGGAGGUGGAGGCGUAAAUGCUGCCAUCUUCAAUGCUGCAGGCAUUGAACUAGAAAUCGCGACCAAGGAAAGGGCAGUUACCCUUAGUCCCGGUAAAGCCGUGGUUGUACCUCUCCCUUCAUCUUCUCCAUUGUUUGCUAAGGAAGGUACAACUCAUGUCAUACAUGUUCUUGGGCCAAAUAUGAACCCGAAUAGACCCGACUGCCUUAAAGAUGACUAUAUCGAGGGAUGCAAGCUUCUUCGUGAAGCAUACUCGUCGCUUUUUGAAGGGUUUGUUUCCAUAUUGAAGUCUAAUGGAGCCAAGAUUGGAGGAUCAUCAGAAUCUGGAGAUUCUCGAGUGGUGCUCGUAACUAAAGAUGAUAAGAAAGUCGAAAGAGAUGCCGUUUGCGAGCCCGAGAGGAGGAAAAAGUACAAGGGGUCCCAAGAGGAGUUCAAGUCUAGUGGCGGCGGCUCGAUGGACGAGAAAAAGAUCCAGGUUAGCAAGUCUUGGGGCUCGUGGGCUCAAGCUCUUUACAAUGUGGCCAUGCAUCCGGACAAACACGAGAACAUAAUACUAGAUUUGUCGGAUGAUGUCUUAGUGAUAAAUGAUGCUUAUCCAAAGGCACAGAAACAUCUGUUGGUUCUUGCACGAGCUGAUGGCCUCGACAGCAUUGCAGAUGUACGUGGAGAACAUGUCUCGUUGUUGAAGAAGAUGCACGACGUCGGCAUGAAAUGGGCUGAGAAGUUCCUCAAUGAAGAUGAAUCAUUGUUGUUCCGCCUCGGUUACCAUUCGGUCCCUUCGAUGAGACAACUGCACCUUCACAUCAUUAGCCAGGAUUUCGACUCCAAUCAUCUGAAGAACAAGAAACAUUGGAACUCGUUCAACACUCCAUUUUUCCUCGACUCAGUUAACGUGAUAAAGGAAGCCGAAAGUACUGGGAAAGUUACACCAAAAGACGAAAAACUCCUGGCGAUGGAGUUGAGGUGCCAUAGGUGUAGAAGUGCACAUCCAAACAUACCCCGACUUAAAUCGCACAUCAAGUCCUGCCGGGCCCCAUUUCCUGCUGUCUUACUCCAGAAUGAUUGUCUCGUUUCCUACAAAGGUACAACUUUCGGCAGCUAA